GCGGCGAGAGCUGUGCUGGCAGCGGGGAGGCGGCGGCGCCGAGCUCCCGGCCCGCCAUGGCGAUCCGCAAGAAGAGCAACAAGAACCCGCCGGUGCUGAGCCACGAGUUCAUCGUGCAGAACCACGCCGACAUCGUCUCCUGCAUGGCCAUGAUCUUCCUGCUGGGGCUCAUGUUCGAGAUUACAGCAAAAGCAGCUGUCAUUUUUGUCACUCUUCAGUAUAACAUUACCAUUCCUGCCACAGAAGAACAAUCUGCAGAAACAAUCUCUCUCUAUCACUAUGGCAUCAAAGACUUGGCUACAAUUUUCUUUUAUAUGCUCGUAGCAAUAAUCAUACACGCCAUUAUUCAGGAGUAUGUAUUGGAUAAAAUUAACAGGAAAAUGCACUUUUCCAAAACAAAGCAUAGCAAGUUCAAUGAGUCUGGACAACUUAGCGCGUUCUAUCUUUUCUCCUGUGUUUGGGGCACAAGUAUUCUCGUCUCUGAGAACUAUAUAUCAGAUCCAACCUCUCUGUGGAGGGACUACCCACACACUCUGAUUCCGUUUCAAAUGAAGUUUUUCUACAUCUUACAGUUGGCAUACUGGUUUCAUGCUUUCCCAGAAUUGUACUUCCAGAAAACUAAAAAAGAGGAUAUCUUUCGCCAAAUUGUCUACAUUGGACUUUAUCUCUUCCAUAUUGCUGGAGCCUAUCUUUUGAAUCUGACCCAUCUCGGACUUGUUCUCCUGGUAUUGCAUUACUUCGUUGAAUUUCUUUUCCACAUAUCUCGUCUUUUCUACUUCAGUGAUGAAAGAUACCAGAAAGGAUUUUCACUGUGGGCAGUCCUUUUUGUUUUGGGAAGGCUUCUCACCUUGAUUCUUUCGGUCCUCACUUUUGGCUUUGGUCUGGCAAGAGCAGAAAAUCAGCAGCUGAAUUUCAGCACUGGAAACUUCAAUAUCCUGGCUGUUAGAAUCAGCGUGCUGGCCUCCAUCUGCUUGGCUCAAGCAUUUAUGAUGUGGAAAUUCAUUAAUUUCCAACUUCGGAGGUGGAGAGAGCAUUCUUCUUCUCAGCCUCAAUCGGUGAAAAAGAAGUUUGUCACAGCUAAAGGAAAGACCUCCAGAAAAGAAAGAGAAAAUGGAAUAAAUGGGACAGUGACCUCAAAUGGAGCAGACUCGCCUCGUAGCAGGAAGGAUAAAUCCUCGUAAAACUGGGUUUUAUUAAGUUAAUUGACAAGUGUCCCCAAAGAAUCUGCUUUUUACAUGGAUGGGCCCUUCAGCACUAGAGAUGUAAUGGAUUAAAGAAAAUACAAAUCAUGUUUUUUGAUUAUUGCUAUUGUUUUGUGAAACUUUUUUUAAAAGCCAUUUUGACUAAGAGAAAAGGUUUAUCUGUCUUCAAACAAACACUUGGGGGGUGGGGGGGACAAAACACUUUUUAAAUAACAUUGACACUUUUUUAAACACUUACUGUGAUGAAAUAACUUCACUUAAUGAGGAUCACUGAUGCAAUGUAUUAUUUCUUUCCAGUUUUUGUAAUCUUGGUGAUACGUGCUGUUUUCCAACUUCACUUUUUCCUAGUUCUUCAGAACUUCAAAUAUAUUACGCAAUUGAAGUAAAAAUGUAGUACGCAUUUUCAGAUACUCUGACUCUUAAGUUAAUUACCUUGAUUCAAAUUCACAGAUCAAAUUGGAAUUCUAAGACCACGCCAGUAAACUUCUUUUAUUUUAUAGUUGUUAGCUACACAAUGUCUGCUCUAAGAAUUGCCCCGUAUCAUUAAAACAAAACUGAACUGA